CCGCCUCAAGAGAGAGAGAGAGAGAGAGAGAAGCAGAAUCACCUGAAGGAAUCUAGAGGAAUCCGGGUCUCUCGGUUGGCAAGAAGCGGCGUUUCCACGACGGACGAAAGCUCCGACAGGAACUCUCCGAAUUUCACCGGGACAGAGACAAGAAACCAGAGCGAAGCCGACUGCGCUAUCUUCUUCCGGGGGUCGCCUCUUCUGAGCCGGCGGCGGAUUUCGCGGGUAGCUGUUGUGCUGCAACACGUACGCCGGGGUGUAUUAAUAGGGCCUUGGUUAGAACGACAAAAGGAUGUUGACGAUCAAGAGGAUCGCCACGGUGGUGUCGAAUUAUCAGGAGGAGCGUGGCGAGAAGGAUAAUGCUGCCGUUGCUGUUGAAGGGGAAGCCAAGGGAUGUGGUCGUAAUUGCCUCGGAAAGUGCUGUUUGCCUGCAUCAGACCUUCCUCUGUACACGUUCAAGGUAGCCGGAGAAGAUUGCACUGAAGAAUCCAUCUUUUAUCAAGAACCACCUGAGACUUCUUUCCUGCUUAAUCUCUUACUUGGACAGUGGGAGAAUCGGAUGAAUCGAGGUCUAUUUCGCUACGAUGUAACUACAUGCAAGACAAAGGUUAUUCCUAGCGACUAUGGUUUCAUUGUGCAGCUGAACGAGGGGCGCCACCUCAAAAAACGCCCAACUGAGUCCCGUGUAGAUCAAGUUCUCCAGGAUUUCGAUGAGAAGAAGUUCAAUUUCACCAAAGUGGGCCACGAGGAAGUGCUUUUUAUGUUUGAACAAAGUGAUGACUGCUACAGUCACUUCUUCCCCAGUGCACCCGCCAUUUUCAAGCCUACUUCUCCUAAUGUUGUAGCUAUCAACGUAAGUCAGCCCCAUUGAGUAUGGGCACAUUCUCCUUAUACCCCGUGUUCUCGACUGCUUGCCUCAGAGGAUCGACCACAUGAGCUUCUUUCUGGCUCUGUCUUUGGCCAAAGAGGCAGCAGAUCCUUUCUUCAGAGUGGGUUACAACAGUCUAGGCACAUUCGCCACCAUUAACCAGCUUCACUUUCAGGCGUAUUAUUUGGCUUCUCCAUUCCCAGUCAAAAAGGUUCCUACUCUGAGAGUAAUGACUUCCACAAACUUGCAGAGAAAUGGAGUAGUUGUUUCGCAACUCUUGAAAUUCCCAGUCCGUUCACUUGUGUUUGA